CGACUCACUUGUGACAGGUCUUUUACCCUAUUGGCUUGGGGUACCAACAAAUGAAUAUGCUGGUAAAACUUUGUAUAUAUUUGAUGAUUUUCCAAACACUGAAGCACAAAAACGGUUCCGGGGAAGAUCACCAAGCACAAAAUACUUGUUACGAGGCAAGAGCUUUUCCAGUAGUUAUUUGAUUAAUAGGACUCUAGUCUCUAGCUAUCAUUUCCAAUAAGCCAGUCCAGCACUCCAGCUUCAAAAACAAUUUUAUAAGAGGAUGGAAGAUGAACGAAGAUGGGAGGAAUUAGAGGUUGACUGUUUGAUAAAUGUAUUUGGAAGAGUGGGAAUGGAGUCAUUGCUUUUGGAUGUCCCUUUCGUAUGCAAGUCAUGGUACAGAGCAACCCUCAACCCUUCAUGCUGGCAAUAUCUCAAAUUUCCUGAUCUUACUAUUGAUCUUGAUUUUGACUUUGAAGACGGAUAUUGGUGUACCCUUAUUCAAAGAUUUGUAGAUGAGUAUCGACUUGAUGAUGAGAGCCGUUUCUCGGUGACUGCAUUUGUUAAGUUCAUAAUCAGUCGUAGCAAAGGAAAGGCUCUUCAUCUCACGCUAUCCCCAUGUGCUUCAGAAGAUGUCUUGAAAUAUGCUGCAGAUGAGUGUCCUGCCUUAAAGCUUCUUGAAUUGCCCAGCCGUUUAGUGAACCGUAAUGAAAGCAUAAUUCAAGAAAUAAUUGGAAAGUGGACAAAUUUGGAGUACUUGGUAUUGGGAAGCAGCGAUAAUUUGGAAAACUUCCUUGGACAGAUCUCCAUUCACUGCAAGAACUUGUGUCUUUUGCGUGUGGCUGAUGCAGACAUUGGUAAAGAUGAAGCAAUGGCAAUUGUUAGCUUGCUGCCUAAGCUUAAGCAAUUAAUCUUGAAGAAUGCAAAUAUUGAUCGGGAUGAUCUUGUGACGCUACUGCGGGGCUGCAACGAGCUUGUGCGUUUGGAUGUCAGCAAUUGUAUAGGUUUUGAUGAGGAAGAUGAAGAAAUAGCAAAGCUUGCUUCUCAUAUUGCUGAUUUCAGCUCUCAGGGUUCCACACUAGAUGAUUAUGAUGAUGACGAUGGAUAUGAAUUGAAUUCCCAUGAUGCAAUUUUUGAUGGAUACUGUUCCGAUCUCAUAUUUGGAGCUGAUUGGAAAGUGGAAAGAAACAUUUGGAGUUGUUGGUAUUGGGAAGCAGUAAUAAAUCGGAGAAUUUUCUUAGACAGAUCUGCUGUCGAUCAGUUUGCGUCUUUUGCAUGUGGAAAUUGCAUUCAUCGGUAAACAUGAAGCAAUGACGAUUGUUACAUUCUUGCAUGAGCUUAAGGAGUUGAUCUUGAGGCAAGCAAAGAUUAAUCGGGAUGAGAUUGUGAGCUUUCUGCAGGGUUGCAAAGAGCUUGUGCAUUUGGAUGUAAGUGAUUCUGUAGGUUUUGAAAAUAUUGGGAUGAAACUAAAAAGCCUAGAGGGAGGGUAAAUAGGCUUUCGAUUCCCUACACAAACCACAACUUUUCCUUAAUUCAAAAAAUUCCAGCAAGAAACGUUAAAGGAUUGAAACA